UUGUCGGUUGAUCUUUUGGAUGAGCAACGUGAGCAUGUUCAGCGCAUCUCUUCGUCGCAGCUCACUGAUCUACGCAAGCUACUCCGCGAAAGCGAUCUCAGGUUUUUGGAGAUGUCCCUGGAUUGCAUUCCAGGAUUAGCCAAAACUGAUUGGCUCCUUCUCAAUACGAUCCAAGAAUUAGAGGCGGAACAAAUAAAUCAUCUAAAAGCUAUAUUCCCCUUUCCUGUCUAUCCCAUAGGCCCCGCCAUACCUUUUAUGGAACUUCAACCACCAAAUAAUUCAUCGACGACGACCAAUAACGCUGACCAUAUAUUAAAGUGGCUAGAUUGUCAGCCAAGUUUGUCAGUACUGUACAUCUCUAUGGGUAGUUUCAUUUCAAUGUCUCAGCCCCAGAUGGAAGAAGUUGCUUCAGCUCUGAAAACCAGCGGGAUUCGUUUUCUGUGGGUGGGUCGUUCAGACGCAAAAUGGCUGCAAGAGAAAUGUGGGGAUAAGGGUGUGGUGGUGUCAUGGUGUGACCAAUUGAAGGUGUUGUGCCAUGCUUCCGUUGCCGGAUUCUGGAGCCAUUGUGGAUGGAAUUCAACUCUGGAAGCAUGCUUCGCAGGUGUGCCAAUCCUGGGAUUUCCUAUGUUUCUGGAUCAGUUCUCGAAUUGCAGGCAUAUUGCGGAAGUGUGGAAGAAUGGAUGGAAGGUGGGUGGUGAGAGAUCAGAGGACUUUGUAACGAAAGAAGACAUACUGAAAGUGCUCAAGAUGUUGAUGGACGUUGAGAAUGAGGAAGGGAAGAAGAUUAGAGAGAAAGCAAAAGAAGUAAAGGCGUUUUUUCGCAGAGCAAUUGCCAACGGAGGUUCGUCCGACAUCAACAUGGAUGUUUUCGUGAAAGACGUGAUUUAGGAAAAUUAUAUAUUUAUUAUAUUAAUUAAUAUUAAUAGUAUUAAUAGUGGAGAGCAAGCUAUUGUGAGAAGUCUAAUUUUUCCUAGGAUUAACCCUUUUGUUGGUAGAAUUGUAUUAUGCCACC